AUGAAGGAUUCAACUUACUUCAGCCUUAGAGUAUACAGGAAAAUGCAUAGUUGCUCUCGGGUCCUUACCAGCACAAUUGAGAACAAAAGAAAAGGUACUCCACAAGUUGUAGCAGAUGUUUUGCGUGCAUCGUAUCCAGGUGUAGUGGACACACCAGCUCCUAGAAGUAUUGUGAAGGUUGUUCAAAAUGAAGAUCAUGUGAAUGUGUCCUACUCUACUGUGUUGAGAGGAAAAAAACUGGCAAUUCGUCAAGUGAGGGGUAGUCCGGAAGAAAGCUUUCAAAGAUUGCAUUCUUAUCUGUAUGUGUUGAAGCUGGUGAACCCCGGAACAGUGACGAGCGUGAAAGUGGAUGCUAAUAAUAAGUUCAAGUAUCUUUUUGUUACUUUGGGUGCCAGCAUUGAAGGCUUUAGUUCAAUGAGGAAAGUCAUAGUGGUGGAUGCGACUUUUCUUAAAAAUGUUUAUGGUGGUAUGCUAGUAUUUGCCACGGCUCAGGAUCCUAAUCAUCACCAUUACCCUAUUGCAAUGGGUGUAAUCGAUAGUGAAAAAGACUCUAGUUGGAGGUGGUUUUUAGAAAUGCUGAAAACUGUUAUACCAGAUAAUCCUGAGAUCGUUUUUAUGAGUGACAGACACACAAGCAUAGCGAAGGCAGUGCAGGAGGUAUACCCUCUGUCUCAGCAUGGAUUUUGUGUGUGGCACUUGUCUCGUAAUGUGAGGGGUAAAGCAGCCAAUGGUUGGAAGGAUUUGUGUUCUAAAAAAUUCAUUGAGUGCGCUCAUAAGUACACCGAAAGUGAGUUUCUAAUUGCAUACACCGAAUUUGGUAGAAUGUUUCCCAAAGCUGCGGAGUACUUAGAGAAUGGUCUUCCUCUUGAUAAAUGGACACGGUGGAAUUUUAAAGGGGACAAGUAUAACUUGGACACAAGCAAUGCCUGUGAAUCAAUGAACAGCAUCUUCAAGAAGGCGAGAAAGUAUGCACUAUUGCCAUUGAUUGAUGCGUAUGUUGAGAAAGUGUCUGAAUGGUUCAACAGGCAUAGGAAUAACAUAGCUGGUGCAUCAUAUUCGAAGAAACUGGUGCCGUAUGUGGAAAACGAGUUGCAUAAACAAUGUGCAAUUGCGACCAAAUUAGAUGUGACUGAGCUAAAUCUACCUGGGCUUGAAUACUGUGUUGUUGGAGUUGAUGGGAAGAGCUAUCUGGUUAAUUUGGAAACAAAAAGUUGUGGUUGUCGCAUAUUUGAUAUUGAUAAGAUUCCAUGUGUUCAUGCAAUAGCCGCAACCAUUGCAAUGAUGCGGACGUCCUCAAGAAGAAGAGACUUACACAUUUUCGAUUUAUGCUCAAGAUACUACUUGAUUGAUACUUGGGCGAUGGCUUACCACAGAACCAUCUAUAUGGUGCCGCAUCUUUCUACUUGGAUUAUUCCGGAGGAGGUAGCUAAUUUAGUUGUUUACCCACCAGACUAUACCAAAAAAGCAGGAAGAAAGAGGGAGAAGCGGUUUCCUUCCACCGGAGAAGCUCGCAGGAGUCAGAAGGCCAACCCAAACACAAACAUUGGCCGUUGGUUUCAACCACUAAACCCAAGGGGCGGUCAGAGCGGUCAGAGCGGUCAGAGCGGUCAGGGCGGUCAAAGCGGUCAGGGCGGUCAGAGCGGUCAGGCGGUGAGAGCUAGGCCUAAGGAAUAUUUUAAUUAUCUUGGAUUUCUUGCAAUACUAUGUAUUUUGGAGUAA